GCGACAACGCGUGAGAGAACUCUCAUCGAAAGCGAAAUACAAUUCUUAUUUGAAAGUAAUAGCGAAGAAAAAAAAAUCUUUUCCAUUUUCACAUAUAUACAUAGGUGGCAUUAUAUGUGCAGUUUGCUUUGUAUGCUUUUUACAGUGGUGUUCCACUUUCUGUAGUGUGAGUUUUUGUAGACGACAACGCGCAACUCUAACCAGUUUUCUGUGGCAAACGAGAAUAUACGCACAAAUUAUAAAUUGCUACAGAAUAAAUAGUUCAAAAUUGAUUUUGUUUCGGAAUAUCAAUACCAAUUGUUUGAUUGUUAUUUUCAACAAAUCAUUGACAUAUGCACCCGAAAUAAAUUGAUAUUAUUAAUAGGAAUAAUUUGAUUUGAUAAAAUUAAACAGAAAUCGUUUAAAUCAAUUUGUGCUAAAUUAGUAUUGUCAAGUUGUACCGCAUUCAUAAAAUCACCUCCAACAAAGUUGAAAACUAAUUACACUUUUAUAUCCGUUGCUCUUGCAUUUUGCCGUUUUCGUUAACACAUUCACAUACAUAUUACUCUCAAACCGUUUUAUCUUCGUGUAAUAAAGUGAGCACUUUGAGUUCAUUGAGUUGACAUAAUGGCCACUCAGCCACCAGUAGCUUGUACACGUUUCUCCGAUAACUAUGACAUCAAAGAGGAGCUGGGCAAAGGGGCAUUUUCGAUUGUAAAACGUUGCGUACAAAAAUCAACGAGUUUAGAAUUUGCUGCAAAAAUAAUCAAUACAAAAAAAUUAACCACAAGAGAUUUUCAAAAAUUGGAACGCGAAGCAAGAAUAUGUAGAAAAUUACAGCAUCCAAAUAUAGUGCGAUUGCAUGAUAGCAUACAGGAGGAGAGUUGCCAUUAUUUGAUAUUCGAUUUAGUGACGGGCGGCGAACUAUUCGAAGAUAUUGUAGCGCGUGAAUUUUAUUCGGAGGCCGAUGCAUCGCAUUGCAUUCAACAAAUUUUGGAAUCAGUUAAUCAUUGUCAUAUGAACGGUGUGGUGCAUCGUGAUUUAAAGCCAGAGAAUUUAUUGUUGGCCAGCAAACUGAAAGGUGCCGCUGUUAAAUUGGCCGAUUUUGGUUUGGCCAUUGAAGUGAUGGGCGAUCAACAAGCAUGGUUUGGAUUCGCUGGCACACCGGGAUAUUUAUCACCAGAAGUAUUGAAAAAAGAACCGUACGGCAGAGCGGUUGAUAUAUGGGCGUGUGGGGUGAUUCUUUACAUUUUAUUGGUUGGUUAUCCACCAUUUUGGGAUGAAGAUCAACAUAGACUAUAUUCCCAAAUUAAAGCCGGUGCAUACGAUUAUCCAUCGCCCGAAUGGGACACAGUAACACCGGAAGCAAAGAAUCUCAUCAAUCAAAUGUUAACUGUUAACCCAUAUAAACGAAUUACUGCUGCCGAUGCAUUAAAGCACCCAUGGAUUUAUCAACGUGAACGAGUGGCAUCAUCAGUUCAUCGACAAGAGACUGUAGACUGCUUGAAGAAAUUCAAUGCUCGACGAAAAUUAAAAGGCGCCAUUCUCACCACAAUGUUGGCCACACGGAAUUUCUCGAGUCGAAAUAUGAUUUCUAAGAAGGAAGAUGGUUCGCAAAUCAAAGUGUCGACUGACUCUAGCAAUACGGUGGAAGAAAAUGAUGAUGUUAAAAUUCGCCGGCAAGAGAUCAUCAAAAUGACUGAGCAAUUAAUUGAAGCUAUAAAUAAUGGUGAUUUCGAAACAUAUGCAAAAAUAUGCGAUCCACAUAUGACGGCCUUUGAAACAGAAGCUUUGGGAAAUCUGGUUGAAGGAAUGGAUUUUCAUAAGUUUUAUUUUGAGAAUGUACUUGGUAAACAUUGUAAAGCAAUCAAUACCACCAUAUUGAAUCCACAUGUCCAUUUGCUUGGCGAAGAUGCCGCCUGCAUUGCAUACGUUCGAUUAACACAGUACAUCGAUCGUGAGGGUCAUGCGCAUACACAUCAAUCGGAAGAGACACGAGUUUGGCACAAACGCGACGGUAAAUGGCAAAAUGUACACUUUCAUCGAAGUGUUACCGGUCACAUUAGCGGUUCGACGCCAUUCGAUUUUACCAAACAUAAAUAAAAAUCGAACGGAACGAUUACCACCAACAUCGUCUUUGUACUCAAUCCAAAUUUGAGAAAGACAUAGUCAAACAUUAUUGCUUUUAAAAACUCACAAAAUGGUUUGAGAAAAUUGCAAUUUUCACACAUCAAACUGACCAUACUGACCAAAACAUAUUCAAAAUAUUAGGAAGAAAGUAAACAAACAAAAAACUAGUCACUUUGGUGCUGAAUUUUUCGCAAUGAUCAUUUUUAUUUUGUUAGAGAAUCGUAUUUUAUUUCACCCAUUAUUUAAAAAAAAGAAAUCGAUGUGUGCACGUACAAAUUGGACCCAUCAAACGUUGUACGUUAGAAAGAAACUCCAAGCUAAGUAAAACGAAUUGAACUAAAACACUUCGUUCACCAUUUUGUAAUAAUUUAUGUUUAACCAUCGUUAUUGAACUUAAAGGUAAUCCAAGUCAAAAUACAUGUACAACACAUUUUUAUCCAAA